AACAAAUUACCCAGGAGCAAAAUAAAGUCCAACAAAAAGAAACUGAAUUAGUUGAUUUAAGAGAGGAGAUAAAAGAUUUACAAAAACAAUGUUUAGUGGCUGAUGAAAUAAAGGAUACAGAUUUAUCUGAAACAAUUCUUGAUGGUUAUUUUGUUGAAAAAUUAAAAGAAUUUAUGUUAGAGAAGGACAUAAAGCCUGAAACUCCUAAUGAACCAACUGAGGAUUAUUAUAAUAAAGAAAUUAAAGAAACCAAAAUAACCCCCUGUAUUCUUGCCCAAGAAUAUAUAAACCAAGAAUAUCCUAUAAAUGGGACUUGUCAAAUAAAGGAAGUUUAUCCUAACAAUUUUGGUAAAACUAGGGAAGAAAUAAAAGAGUUAAGUAUAUAUAGUAAAGACUUAGAAGGAGAAUUAGACCUUUCUGAUUUUAAGAAUUUAGAGAAAUUAAGUUGCUCUUAUAAUUAUCUUACUAAUCUAAAUAUAAAUAAUUGUAAGAAAUUAAAGGAAAUUAGUUGCCAUACUAACCAACUUACUACUCUAAAUCUGAGUAAUUUAGCAGAAUUAAAGGAACUACUUUGGUGUUCUGAUAAUUACCUUACUGAGAUACCUUAUCUUUCUAAUCCAGAAAAAAUAACUAAAUUAGGUAUAAGCAAUAACAAUAUAAAUCCCUCUGACCUUUCUAUUUUUAGCAAGUUUAGGAAUUUAAAAGAUUUAUAUAUUGGUAAUGAUGAUAAAAACAAAAUUAACCAAGGAAUAUAUAAUCGUUUCCAUGGUAGUUUAGAACCUUUAAAGGAUUUGAAUAAUUUAUGA